ACUCCUUCCCUCUCCUCCCGUGACCACCGCCUCAGCCUCCGCAUCCUCGGGUUUCCCUCCAUCCAAUCCGUGCCACUGGGUUUCUCGUCCCGGCUCGUGCUGCGAUUGAGCGAGCAGGUAAUGGAGCGGCGGCGGUCGCCAAGGCUGCUGCUCCAGGUGCUAUUCUUGGUCGCCGCUUCUUGGCCGCUCGGGAGCGCAGGGAUUGGAGGCCUCGGAGCUAGUCCGGAGAACAAUGGAGCUUCCGUUAGUUCUAGGAAUUCCAGAAGACUCUUGCAAAAUGGAGACAGGAAUGAAGAUGGCUUAUUUCAUCUCCCGCGCACAAGGACUUUCUCGCACAGGAGCAGAUCACGUAGAAGAGCUCCAAUGCCAGUGGCAGCACCAGUGUCUGCUCCAUCACCCUCACCAUUCAUGUCCCCUCCAGAAGGCUCACCUUCUCCAUCACCACAUGCUACAAGAUCCAUGCCACGCCAGUCUCCUUCACAACAUCGUCCAACUGCAGCCCCUCCACGUUUGGACAGGCCUAGGCCUACAACUAAGCAAGAUGAACAUGAUCGUUCAGUUGAAACUCCAGUUCAUUCCUCGCAUAAACAUUCCUGGACAACCUACGGUGUGGUCGCAGCAGGGAUUGCUGUUUUCAUUUUGGUAUCAGCAGCUAGUGUGCUCUGCUUCCGAGCUAAGAAAAUGGGAACUGUGAAGCCAUGGGCAACAGGUCUCAGUGGUCAAUUGCAAAAAGCAUUUGUAACUGGUGUACCUUCAUUGAAACGAUCAGAGCUGGAAACAGCAUGCGAGGAUUUCAGCAAUAUAAUUGGUUCUACCUCUAGCUGCAUGCUGUACAAGGGGACCUUGUCAAGUGGAGUUGAAAUUGCAGUGGCCUCAAGCUUGGUAACAUCUGCUAAGGAUUGGUCAAAAGAAAAUGAAUCACAGUACAGGAAGAAGAUCACAAGUUUGUCCAAAGUAAGCCACAAGAAUUUUAUGAACUUGCUUGGCUACUGCGAGGAAGAGCAUCCAUUUACUAGAGCGAUGGUAUUUGAAUAUGCUCCAAAUGGGACACUUUUUGAGCAUCUCCACAUCAGGGAAGCAGAGAAGCUUGACUGGAACACGCGGCUGAGGAUAUCCAUGGGCAUUGCUUACUGUCUUGAGCACAUGCAUCAGCUGAAAACACCAGUUGCGCCUAGGAAUUUCGACUCAACUAUGAUACACCUAACCGAUGACUUCGCUGCAAAAGUCUCAGAUCUCGAAUUUUGGAAUGAUGCAAAGGGACAUAGUUCAACCAACGGCGACGUCACAGCAUCAUUGGACCUGGAGAACGUUGUGCGCAAGUACGGCAUAGUGCUGCUGGAAAUAUUGACCGGACGAGUCCCCCAUUCUGAGGAGGAUGGGCUACUGGAGCACUGGGCUUCACGCUACUUCAAUGGUGAGGUGCGUCUUGAGGAGCUGAUUGACCCUGGCAUCGGUUCCUUCCCCGAAGACGCUGCGCGUGCGCUCUGCGAGGUUGCAAGGUCCUGCAUCGAUCCGGAUCCAAAGAAGAGACCGCAGAUGGCAGAGGUUGCAGCUCGGAUGAGAGGGAUCACUGCAUUGGGGCCUGACGGAGCAACUCCGAAGGUGUCUCCGCUGUGGUGGGCUGAGCUUGAGAUCAUGUCUUCUGAGAGCUGA